GUCGUAUUACAAUAACUGUGAUGCGGUAGGGAUUUCGUGUUAACAAUUUACAUUUAGAUUCCUUUGUGUAUUUUUAAAAGCUAGUGUGUGUACGAGUUUUUUUUUUAUAAGAUAUGAAGUUAAAAAUUGAAUAGUAACUGGAAAAAGUAAACUCGCAGGUUCUCUACACCAAUGCAAUGAAGGCGACCAUCUUGAUCUUCAGCCUUUGGAUGGCCAAAGCACAGGCCGCAUGUCCUACGUCCUGCAACUGUACAGAAACGUCCGUAUCCUGCGUUAAUCAAAGUCUAGAAGCUGUGCCCAACCUAAAUAUUUUAGAAUUCAGUCCGAUCAUAUUGGACUUCUCUGGAAACAAACUGCUUUUCGUCGACGAAGAAGAUUUCACUUUCCCGAAGAAUGACGAAGUGAGAGAAAUAUAUUUGAACAAUUCCGGAGUGGCCGAUAUUGGUGAGGGUACCUUUGAUGGUUUGGAAAAUUUGCAAGAGCUUUAUUUGAGUCAGAACAUGCUUAGCAGUGAUAGCGUGACUUAUGACAUCAUAGCAGGACUGGACAAUAUGGUCUUGCUCGAUAUGUCCUAUAACUAUUUUAAUGGUGAUAUGCCGAUUAUAAAAUCUGACAGUCUUAAGGUUUUUGGUUUAAUUAACAGUAAAAUAUCUGCUAUACCUAAGAACGCUUUAGAAGCUCUACCUAACUUAAAAGUGCUUAUGCUUCAACAGAACAGUAUUAAAACCAUAUGGUUUGAAACAUUUGAGAAUUAUCCAGCAAAUAGUAUUUUCUUGAAACUAAGUUUCAAUUCCUGGACAUGUGAUUGUGACAAUCUUAAAACUUUUGAUUUAUUAGCCAGUAAAAGGCUUUUGGAAACUACAGAGUCGUAUCAGUGUUACGCGGAUGAUGAUAAAGUUAUGAAUAUUUUUAGUACUGAUGGAGCAAUAGAAAAAUUCCGUGAGGAAUGUGAUAAUAGUGAUGAGGAGGAUGAAAAGACGGAUUAUGAUAUUAACAAUAUGGUUGAUAAAAGAUCCAGAAAGGUUAUAAAAAAUAUGCUAACUGAAAAAAAUGACUUUUAUUCGCAGUUUUACAACGAUGAUGACAGAGAAGAGCUUGACAUAAGCCAGAUGAAUGACGAACAGCUAGAUGCUAUUUUACCUGAUAAUUGCUGGCAAAGGUUUCCAUUUGAUUAUAUAAAUAAUGGGGUUCUUUUAGUGGCAUUUAUAUCGAUUACCACCAGCUUUUUUUUGGGAUUUUUAGCUGGGGCCAUUUUUUGUAAAAUCAUGUAUAAUUUCAGGUAUAAAAAGUUGGAUCAAAGUUCGGAUAGUCAAGUAACUUUAUUAAGAGCCUAACAAUAUCAAGUUAUUUUCUCUCUGAUGAAAAAUUGUUGGGAACAAAAUACAACGUUUUUCAAAUAGUCAAAAAUAGCUGUAGUACUCAAACCGUUUUUAUAAUAUUCCUGUUUUUCUUUUAGUAUUCGUAACUUAGUUCACUAGUAUAGGGUAGAAAUAGGACAAUAAGGAACAACUAGACCUGCAUUUGUAAUAUUUAAUUUGUACUUCAAAGUUUUAUAUAUAAAAUAAACAAAUAUUGCCCGUACCAAAUAAACUUCGAUGCGCGUUAUACAUAUUCUCCUUAAACAACAACAACAAAGUGCAUAAUUAUCUUUAAAAACUGUAGAAAAGAACAAUUUUCGAUUGAAAAAGUUGAAAGUAAAUCAUAUUGGACAACACCGAAAACAAUAUCACCUAUUAUAACAGAAUUGAAGGGCCAGAAAUUUUAAUUUAUGUAGUUGGCUGUCCAAAUAUUUAUACCGUUGGCCACAAAAUCGAAAUUUAUUUGGUACGAGUUUUAUAAAGUAAUGUA